AAAAAAAGGUUUUUGGGUAGUGGAAAUCAAAGUGGUGCGGUAGGGAAAACCAUCACAGCAAGGGGAGCAGGGUAUGGCGUCGUCCUCUUCUUCUUCAUCAGCUGCUAUCUCAAGACUCUCUAAUCUCCGCAAACACCUCCAUCCCUCGCAUUUGGACAAGGGUGGCAUCGGAUCAAUCAAGAUUUCUCCAGAGGUUUCUGACGCUUUGUCCAAUGGCCGUGCUGUUGUCGCUCUCGAAUCCACCAUUAUUUCCCAUGGGAUGCCGUAUCCUAAGAACUUGGAAACAGCAAAGGAGGUUGAGGCAGUUGUGAGGGAAAAUGGAGCUGUUCCUGCCACUGUUGCUAUUUUGGAUGGCAUACCUUGCAUAGGUCUGAGUAUGGAAGAAUUGGAGAAGCUUGCCAAUCUGGGUCAUAAAGCUCAGAAGACAGCUCGAAGGGAUAUUGCACAUGUUGUGGCAACCAGAGGGACUGGAGCAACUACUGUUUCUGCAACCAUGUUUUUUGCUUCCAUGGUUGGCAUCCCAUUGUUUGUUACUGGAGGAAUUGGAGGAGUACAUAGACAUGGCGAGCAUACAAUGGACAUAUCUUCUGAUCUUACUGAGCUUGGAAGGACACCAGUAGCUGUCAUCUCUGCUGGUGUAAAAUCGAUAUUGGAUAUCCCAAGGACCCUUGAAUAUUUGGAGACUCAGGGAGUUUGCGUUGCUGCUUAUAGGACCAACGAAUUUCCAGCAUUUUUUACAGAAACGAGUGGUUGUAAGGUGCCUUGCCGUUUAGAUACCCCAGAAGACUGUGCUCAGCUUAUAGAUGCAAAUCUGAAACUUGAGCUUGGAGGUGGGAUUUUGAUUGCUGUUCCAAUUCCUAAAGAGCACUCAGCUUCUGGAAGUUUAAUUGAGUCUGCAAUACAGAGAGCCCUUGACGAAGCUAGGGAUAAGAACAUAAUAGGAAAUGAUGCAACUCCAUUCUUGCUCAAGAGAGUGAAUGAGCUAACGGGAGGAGCUUCAUUGGCUUCAAACAUUGCACUGGUGAAGAACAAUGCACUUGUUGGAGCUAAAGUUGCUGUAGCACUUGCGAAGACUAGAGAACGCAAAAAUAAAGGUGGUGCAGAGUCGGCGUUAUAGGGCUCAAAAUGUUUUCAACGGGAUCUGGAAACCGAUCAUUAUGACCAGUUGAGUUAAUCUUCCUUCAUGGCGAUUCGUUUAUUACUUUCACUAUGCGAUGAUAAAUGUGGCAAUGUUGAAAAGGCAAAGCAGCGAGUUUCUAGUGUACAAUACUGCUCUAGUGUACAUUACUGCCGUAGUACUUACGUAAGCUUUAAUGUCAGUAUUUACACAAUACAGCGCCUUUCGACUACCGAAAAACAAGAACAAAAUAAAACUAAAACAAUUUAUUUUUGCAAACGAUAAAAUAAUCUAUACACUAAAUUCAUUUAUGGUUAAUUUAUGUGCAUAUUUUCUUGGGAGUCUUGUUCGCUUACAUUUUAUAGGAGAUGGACGCUGCUGAAAGAGUGAAUAAUGUGCUUAUUGUUCUGUAAUAAACUACAAAUUUCGGUGAGAAAUCAGGUGUCCCCAUUCUAAACA